AGAGCAGGAUGUUGACACGCGGCAGGGUAGUUCACUACUCAACAGGAAGAAGCGGAGGUCCGGCCUGAGAAAAGGGAAAUAACCCAAAACGAAGAGGUUCCGACUUCAUCCGGACCUAAAGAACCGGUACCGGAACCUACAGGAGAUAACAGCUGGCAGAACCGGACCGGAGAGCUGGUUCCGGUACCGGUGAUCGCUACAGGUUUCCUUUGGAUGGCUGAUUAACCCCCCCACCAUCACCACCACCACCUCUGUCAGGAGCCAUGAGUGCUGAGCCGGACCCGCUGGCCGUGGUGAACCAGCUGAGAGACCUGGCCUCGGACCCCAUGAACCGCAGAGCCAUCGUGGAGGACCAUGGCUGCCUGCCGGGCCUCAUUCUGUUCUUGGACCACCCUAACCCUCAGGUGGUCUACUCCGCCCUGCUGGCGAUUCGAUACCUUGCAGAAUGUGGACCCAACAGGGAGAAGCUGAAGACAGAGCUUGGAAUGAUGCUGAGCCUGCAGAACGUUAUGCAGAAGUCCACCACUCCAGGAGAGACCAAACUGCUGGCCUCAGAGAUCUAUGAGCUCCUGCAGGCGGCGGGCAGCACGGAGGCCGCAGCGGCGCCUGUUAGUGGCCGACGAAAAGCUCAGUUCUUCUUGGGCUCCAGCAACAAGAAAGCCAAGACGGUGAUCUUGCAGAUUGACGGCCUGGAUGACCCGGGUCGGCGGAGUCUCUGUGAGGAGGCCCUGCUGAAGAUCCGUGGAGUCAUAAGUUUCACCUUCCAGAUGGCUGUGAAGAGAUGCAUUGUCCGGAUCCGGUCCGACCUCAAGGCCGAGGCGCUGGCGUCUGCCAUCGCCGCCACUGAGGUCAUGACUGCUCAGCAGGUGGUGAAGGCGGAGAACGGAGAAGAGGUUCUGAUCCACUUCCCUGAGGGCAGUUCUGUGCAGGUGGAGCAGAACAUGGACCUGCCAGAGUACCUCCCGGAGGAGGAGAGUCCGUCUCCAGAACCCGACAAGGCAGUUAGCCGGAUGGGAACGGGCCAAGAGGGAACCAGCUGGCUCGGAGCCGCCGCCAACUUCCUGUCCCGCUCCUUCUACUGGUGAUCCGACAGAACCCGCCUCGUCCAACCGCCGUCCCCUUCCUCCGUUCAAACCAUCCGUUGCCUCUCAGAACCAGAACCAGCGGCAAACCUUCCAGCUGAACCAGAAUAAAACUCUCAGCUGUUGGACUCACACCAGAGUGUCUUAAUGAGCAGGAAAAGUUCUGCUGGAACCAGAACAAACGAGUCAGAACAAAAAGCCCAAAGGUUUUCCCAGUUUUCCUUUUAACUCCUAUGAGGGACCCAGUGAUAAAACUGAUGUUUGCAGCAGGUUCUGAUCAGGAACGAUGAGACCAGAACGUCCUGCUGAGUGUUUAACCAUUUUCCCAGGUUCAGGUCCUGUUUCUCUCUGUUUGCCUCAGGAGAGUUCUGCGGUUUUCCUCCCUGGAGUCGUCCGGCUGGGAUCAGAACCACCUCUAUCUGAUGUUAGCUGAGAACUUAGAGACGUGACCCACCUCAGAGACCCGGUUUAUCACCUGUUUGCAAAAUGUCGUCAUGUUUACAUGUUUCCUGACUGAAUGCCUUGAAGUUUACUGGAACAGAUGUUACCUGUCCACUGGUUCCCAGUCCUGGAGCCCAGACUGGGAGCCAGUUGGACCAGACGGUUCCUGUUGAGCAUACUGAACAUCAGAGAGCUGCCAAGAAUUUAAAGGUUAAAUCCGUCUGUCAGAUUUGAAGAGGAAACGAUCCAAGUUGUUCCUGGAAAACAUUUCAGUAAAGUUUAAAAAACUUCCCAGUUUUCCAGAAUCGAACAGAAACUUUUCCUUGGAGCUUCGACUGAUUUCCUGACCUGAUGUGGCUUUUCCUGCUGUCUGCUUCUAGACCCGUAACCCCUAACGAUUAUUGUUGCUCUGCCACCAACAUUCUUCUGGCUCCGCCCCCUUUGUUACUCCUUUGAUCAGAACCGGUCCAGAUCAGCUCUUCUGGCCCAUUUUCAGUUCUGGUUUCCAACUAAUCCUUAUUGUGGUUUAAUGUUGGUUCCAGACCAAAACCUGAAAUUCUUGAAGUAAAACUUUGGACCUGAUCAAAACUCUAGAACCAAAGUUCUACAGUUUGACGGUUUCCAUGGAGACCAGCUUUGACCAAAGGGUUAGGAGCGAUCCAGUGGUGGGUCCAGUGAAACUCAGGCCAACAGGAUCCAGUUCCAGAACCAUCAGACUCCGUUUUCUGCUGUGUUCUUUGUUCAGUCCCGGUCCUGUCAGGUUCUAACCGGACUGUUCCGGUUCUUUCUUCUGAUUCCGACUGGACCAUGUUAACCCUUCCUCCUCUUCUUCCUCAGCGUGCAGCGUGUGAAUAAAGUCGUUCAGUCUGAAA